GAGUUUGCAGCAUUAAGCUAAGCUCGUAACACAAACAAACACACCAAAACUCAACCAUGCCAAUUCCCUCCCUUACCACCUUCCUCCUCGUAGCUGUCCAAAUCUCAACGAUCCUCGCCGGAAACCUCCACGUCAUCAAUUUCCGAUCACCCAACCUCUAUCCCGAAGGCCUCACGUGGGACCCAACAGGGCAACACUUCCUCGUCGGCUCCCUAACCCACCGCACAAUCUCCGCCGUCUCCGACGCCGGCGUCGUGGAAACCCUAAUCUCCGACCCCUCACUCCCCGAAAACGUCACCGUUCUAGGCAUGGCCGUGGAUUCCCGCAACAACCGCGUCGUCGCCGCACUCCACGCGUUGAAACCCCUCCCUCCGUUCAACGCCCUCGCCGCCUACGACCUACGCUCCGGUAACCGCAUCUUCCUCUCCGUGCUCCCCUCCUCCGGCGACCCCUCCGAACGCCCCGUGGCAAACGACGUCGCAGUGGACUUCAAAGGCAACGCUUACGUGACCAAUUCGGCCGGCAACUACAUCUGGAAAGUCAACGCUAAAGGGGAAGCGUGGAUCUUCUCGAAUUCAUCGAGGUUCACCGAACACCCCGUGGACCGCGACACAACCUAUAGUUACUGCGGCCUCAACGGCAUCGCUUACGUCAGCAACGGGUAUCUCUUGGUGGUGCAAUCCAAUACGGGCAAGAUGUUCAAGGUUGAUGCGGACGACGGCACUGCCAGGCACGUGCUCCUUAGCGAGGAUUUGGUGUGUCCUGACGGCGUCGCUUUGAGGAGUGACGGCGUCGUUUUGGUGGUAUCCCCCGAAAGCAACAAGUUGUGGUUUCUAAAAAGCAAUGAUGGAUGGGGACAGGGUGCGGUUUUUGACAAAAUUGACCUUGACUUGGAGGGGUACCCUACUUCGGUUGUUGUGGGGGAAAGAGAUAGGAUGUAUGUGCUGUAUGGAAGUGUUAAGGAGGGUAUUUUGGGGAAUUUGGAGAGGGAGAGUUUUAGGAUUGAGGAGGUGAAGUCUCCCAAGGAAAGUGAGGGUGAGAAUGUUUGGAUGUAUGUUAUGAUCGGAUUCGGCUUGGCUUAUUUCUUGUAUUGGAGGUUUCAAAUGGGUCAGCUUGUGAAGAACAUGGAUAAGAAGAUCAAUUGAUUCUUUUUAUCUUUCUAUUUUUCUUUUACACUUCACAAGUUAUAAUUUUAUUAUGUUUUUGUGCUUUUUUGUUGAUUUGAUCUCUGUCUCCUCUAAAACCCCCUUUUCAUUGAAUGUUAUAUUAAACAAGAGUUUU